CUGCAAUAAUUAUUUUAUCUACUUCUCCAAAUUGCCAAAACACUAUGUCUUUUCUGCUGCUUCUCCUCCUCUUACCCGCCGCCAUCGCCGCCGAUUCUUGUCCUGCGUACCCUUCAGUGACGACGGACUGCACUUUUUCCACGGCUGAUGAAAACCCAGUUCCCGUCCGACGGGAAGUUUACGGCGACGGGAGAAUCUUCGAUAUUAGCCAUAGAUACACCGUGGAUAUGCCGUCGUGGAGGAGCAAAGACGGUCUGGGUCAGUUCCUUUGGCUUCCGCUCAGUAUGAAGAACGGCUCCCGGUCCAAUAAUUCUUUGAUGAAACUUGUGUCGGUUCAUACCGGCACCCACGUCGACGCGCCGGGCCAUAUGAUUGACCGCUACUUCGAUGCCGGGUUCGAUGUCGACACCCUUGAUCUUGAAGUCCUCAACGGGCCAGCUCUGUUGGUGGAUGUGCCGAGGGAUAGUAACAUCACCGCCCAAGUGAUGGAGUCUUUGAACAUUCCUAAAGGAGUGCGUCGUGUUCUUUUCCGGACAUUGAAUACCGACAGGCGACUUAUGUUUAAAAGGGAGUUUGACUCGAGCUACGUUGGAUUUACGACGGACGGGGCAAGGUGGUUGGUAAAGAACACCGACAUCAAACUUGUAGGCAUCGAUUUCUUAUCCGCUGCAUGCUACGAUUAUUCGGUUCCAGCUCAUCUUGAAUUCUUUGAGGGCAGGGAAGUCAUUCUAGUGGAGGGCCUGAAACUUGAUGAUGUUCCCGUUGGAAUGUAUAACGUCCAUUGCUUACCUUUAAGGUUGCUUGGUUCCGAAGGAUCGCCUAUCAGAUGCAUUCUCAUCAAAUGAUCACGCCUAGUGAUUUUGAUUAUGUUGCUCGGCCUAUUUAUUUUUCUUAAAAUAUCAGACACAUCGCCGUUGUGUUUGUUAGAUCGAACUCGAUCGAACUUGAUGAUGUUCCUGUUGGUAUGAAUAACUCUACUCGACUCUUGUCUAAUUAACGAUUCAA